CCUACCCCUCACUGGCCUCCAGGCCCUUCUGGGGCUGGACACAGUCUAAGAACACUGUGAUGACAUCAGACUUGCUUAAACAUAUCACUGGCAGGAUAUUGUCCCUAAGGGAGCCUGGUGACAAGAGCCUGAGCCCUUGUGAAGCUGGCAAUGACAAGUCUGAAUGGUCGCCAUGCCGAGAAAACCAUUGACAUGCCAAAACCAUCAGCCCCCAAAGUGCACGUGCAGAGGUCCGUGUCCCGAGAUACCAUCGCCAUUCACUUCUCGGCAUCCGGGGAGGAGGAGGAGGAAGAGGAGGAGGAGUUCAGGGGGUACCUGGAGGAGGGGCUAGAUGACCAAAGCAUUGUAACGGGGCUUGAAGCCAAGGAGGACCUCUGUCUUGAAUCCCAAGGUGGCUAUGACCCUGUGGGCCCUGCUGCCUGGACCAUCUCGGCAGAUGGAGUGCCUGUACCAGAGACCCCUGCCAUUUUGCCCGUCUCCGAGAAUACUGUAAAGCUGCUGGAGUCCCCUGCUCCAGCCGCACAAGUAUUAAGUACAGUGCCACUGGCUCUGUCCCCAGGGUCAUCUUCAUCUGGGCCCUUAGCUAGCUCUCCCAGUGUGUCAUCCCUUUCUGAGCAGAAAACCAGUUCCUCGUCCCCACUGUCUUCUCCUUCCAAGUCCCCUGUCCUUUCAUCCAGUGCCUCGUCCUCCGCUCUCUCCAGUGCAAAGCCCUUCAUGAGCCUGGUGAAGUCCCUGUCAACCGAGGUGGAGCCAAAAGAGUUCCCCCACCCCCCACGGCACAGGCACUUGAUGAAGACUCUGGUCAAGUCCCUGUCCACAGACACGUCCCGUCAGGAGUCGGAUACCGUGUCCUAUAAGCCCCCUGACUCCAAACUCAAUCUGCACCUGUUCAAGCAGUUCACACAGCCACGGAACACGGGCGGGGACUCCAAGACCGCGCCUUCUUCCCCACUGACUUCUCCUUCGGACACUCGCUCCUUUUUUAAAGUGCCCGAAAUGGAGGCGAAAAUCGAAGACACUAAACGACGCCUUUCCGAAGUCAUCUAUGAGCCCUUCCAGCUCCUCAGCAAAAUCAUUGGGGAGGAAAGUGGCAGCCACAGGCCCAAAGCCUUAUCUUCAAGUGCUUCAGAACUCUCCAACCUGUCCAGCUUGAAUGGGCACUUGGAAAGCAAUAACAACUACAGCAUCAAGGAGGAGGAGUGUGACUCUGAGGGGGACGGCUACGGCAGUGACUCCAACACCCCCAGGAGCGACCACCCGAAGCCCACCGAGGAAGCCGCGAAGGAAGUGGAGACCAAGGGCUCCCAGGGGAGCAAUCUGAAGGACGUAGGUGUGAAGACAAGUACUCUCGUUCUUGAGAGGUGUUCCCUGUCUGCCUUAGUGAGUAAAGAGGACGAGGAGUUCUGUGAACUGUACACUGAGGACUUUGAGCUGGACGCUGAGGCCGAGGGGAGACUUGAUAAGCCCCUAGAUGCCCCCCUCAAGCCAGAGGUGCUUGCUGACGAUGGCAUGGUUCUGGACAGCGAGGACGAAGGGGACUUGGCCACCCAGCACCAGGAGUUACCGGUGAAGACACUGGGCUUCUUUAUAAUGUGUGUCUAUGCGUACCUUAUCCUCCCCCUCCCCUACUACAUGAGCGGGCUCCUCCUGGGCAUUGGCCUUGGGUUCAUGACUGCUGUUUGCAUGAUCUGGUUUUUUACACCACCAAGUGCUCAUAAAUACCACAAAUCACAUAAAACUCUGCGACACUGGUACACAAGAUCCCUGGACAUCAAAGAGCCUGAAAUACUGAAGGGAUGGAUGAACGAGAUUUACAACUAUGAUCCAGAAACUUACCAUGCGACUUUGACACACUCAGUCUUUGUCCGGCUUGAGGGUGGAACCUUAAGACUUUCAAAACCCAACAAAAACAUAUCCAGGAGGGCAAGCUACAAUGAAACAAAGCCAGAAGUCACCUACAUCAGCCAGAAAAUCUACGACCUCUCAGACAGCAAGAUUUAUCUUGUUCCUAAAAGUCUGGCUCGCAAACGAAUCUGGAAUAAAAAGUACCCCAUUUGCAUCGAGCUUGGUCAGCAAGAUGACUUCAUGUCGAAGGCUCAGACGGAUCGGGACACUUGUGAGGAGAAGCCACCUGCUGAGAAAGAGCCGGCAAGCGAAGACCUUAAGAAGCCACCGCAGCCUCAAGAGGGGACAAAAUCUAGCCAGAGAGACCUGACACUGUACCUGUUUGGGAGAACCGGCCGGGAGAAAGAAGAGUGGUUUAGGAGGUUCAUCCUGGCCUCUAAGCUGAAGUCGGACCUCAAGAAGCCGCCUGGGGUUUCUGGAAGCAAGUCAGGGCUUUUGCCCACUCACAGCAGACACAGCAGUCCCUCGGGGCACCUGACUCAUAGCCGAAGCAGCAGCAAAGGCAGCAUGGAGGAGGUGAUGUCCCAGCCGAAACAGAAGGAGCUGGUGGGCAGCGUGCGCCAGAAGGUGCUUCUGGACUACAGUGUGUACAUGGGCAGGUGUGUGCCCCAGGACGACAGGAGCCCCCACAGGAGCCCUGUGCAGAGUGCGGAGAGCAGCCCCACAGCUGGGAAGAAGUUGCCAGAGGCCCCACCCUCUGAGGAGGAAGAACAAGAAGCCUGGGUGAAUGCCUUGCUUGGAAGAAUAUUUUGGGACUUCUUAGGCGAGAAAUACUGGUCUGAUCUGGUGUCAAAGAAAAUCCAGAUGAAACUCAGCAAAAUUAAGCUCCCCUACUUUAUGAAUGAGCUAACCCUGACAGAACUUGACAUGGGUGUAGCUGUGCCAAAAAUCCUUCAGGCCUUCAAGCCUUAUGUUGAUCACCAAGGACUCUGGAUCGAUUUGGAAAUGUCUUACAACGGGUCCUUUCUGAUGACUCUCGAGACCAAAAUGAACUUGACCAAACUAGGUAAAGAGCCUCUUGUUGAAGCCCUGAAGGUUGGAGAAAUUGGCAAAGAAGGUUGCAGGCCCAGGGUGUACUGUCUAGCCGACAGUGAUGAAGAAUCCUCCAGUGCCGGCUCCUCUGAGGAAGAUGAUGCACCGGAGCCCAGUGCUGGAGACAAACAGCUGCUCCCCGGGGCUGAAGGGUAUGUUGGAGGUCAUCGAACAAGUAAGAUCAUGAGGUUUGUCGAUAAAAUUACCAAGUCAAAAUAUUUCCAAAAAGCAACGGAGACAGAGUUCAUUAAAAAGAAGAUGGAAGAGGUCUCUAAUACACCCCUGCUGCUAACUGUGGAAGUGCAAGAGUGUCGCGGCACCUUAGCGGUCAACAUUCCGCCACCCCCGACCGACCGGAUAUGGUAUGGUUUCCGGAAGCCACCAUAUGUGGAGUUGAAAGCUCGGCCAAAACUUGGAGAGAGAGAAGUGACUUUAGUUCACGUGACAGAGUGGAUAGAGAAGAAGCUGGAACAAGAGUUUCAGAAAGUUUUUGUCAUGCCAAACAUGGAUGAUGUUUAUAUCCCUAUAAUGCACUCGGCCAUGGACCCUCGCUCCACUUCCUGCUUCCUGAAAGACCCCCCUGUGGAGGCCUCUGACCAGCUGUGAUGGGUGAAAGUGGGACAUUCCCAGUAUUAUGAGACCUAGCUCGAGGUGUGGGGUUUGUGGCUGCCAUCUGUGCUGUGGGGCUGGCCUUUGCUGGUCCACAGCUACUUGUCUCUUAAAGGACGGCUUCUGCCCUCUGCCUGCAGUGCCCAUUCCACCGGGAGGUGUCGCUCCCUGCAUCCAGUGACUAGUGUCUGGUUUGCCUGUUGCAAAGUUUUGACUGGCAAAGGAGACAAGAAGAGCCAUCAUGUGGGAGCCAGAAGUUACAGCUGAUUACAACACCGUGGCUUGCUCUUUUUUUUUUUUUUUUUUAGUCUACCAGGUUUUGUAGCGGCGCAGAGCUGUACAACUGGAAGGCUUCCCCUUGCCUCUUGCCUCCUCCAAAGCUUUUCCUCAGGCAGCUGGUGCACAGGAACAUUUCUCCACUCUGCACUUUGUACGCAUGAUUGCAGCCCUCCACCCGUGGGGAAUAUCACUGUGGUAAUCUGUGUGGAGUGUGGUUUUGUGAGCCAUUUCAUCGGUGGUAAAGAUAGGCUUAGCAACUUCUUUUCCUAUUAAAUUGUGCAUUUUGGAAGCAAGUAGCCAUAGGUCAUACACACCCACAAACACAUUUUCAGCUGG